AUGUCUGAGACCGCUGCCUCGCGCGGUAGUAGCUGGCACGAGGCCCCCUGCUCGCAGGGAGGAGGAGGAGGAGGAGGAGGAUCUCAGCAAGCGUCCUCCGGCGGCCUUGAGCUCCACCGGCGGUUGUUCUCUUGCUGCAAUGUGGCGUUGCAGGAAGAAGCACGCCUCGUGGACGGCCACGAGCGGAUCAUGCUGAUGGAGCAGCCCAUGUUUACGGAGCACGCGCUUAUGAAGGGGAUCAGGGCGAGCGUGUCAGAGCAGCGGUAUAAGGAUGCGAAUGGUUUCAUCGAUGACUUCACGAGGCUGUUGGACACGUGCGUUGUGGAGUGCGACCGUGGCCCAGUGUUGGAUGCUCUGAAGGACCACGUCACCAAGACAGGCCAACCCGACUUCAAGCGCCCUAGCAAGGCGACGUUCCACGGCUUCCCUCACCCUCUCUUGGAGGAAAUGCUGGCGCAGACGGCCAUGGCACGGAAGAAGAUGUCGCCGAGCGGAAUGCACGCCACAGUGGAUGUCGGACGCUACCUAGCGCGGGCCUACGGGAAAGGGCUGACGUCUGGUGCAAAGUUCAUCGGGAAGCCGAGCAGGGAAAAGUCCUUCCACGCACAGCGGAAAGAGAGGGAGGUCGAGUGGACUAACUUGGCCAAUGCCGAGGAAGCAGAAGCUUUGAAGGCGAACAAGAAAAUCAAGGCCAAGGGGAAAGGCGUCGAAGUCCCCAAGAAAAGGCAGAAGGCGUCCUCGCCGGUUUCAGUGCCGUCGGCUACUCCGAGGCCUAACCGAAGCCUUAGGACUACCCGCCGCAUGAUUUCGGAGGACAGCGGGGAUGAGCUCCCGCGGUCGGAUACUCCUGUCGCGGCUGGCAAGGUCACGGAUACGGCCACCCGCGGAUCGGAUUCAUGGAACAGCAGGCCCAGUGGUGAACCCACUCCUCAUCGACUCAGGCCCCGCGACAGGGUCCACUGCCACCACCUGCAGGGUCAAGUGUUGGAGAUGUACGAUGAGGAAUACAGGGGGCGAAAGAAACAGGGAAUCCUCGAUGGGCUAGCCAUCAUUUGCCUAUGUGGCUGUGGAAUCACAAUGAAAGGAGGGCACUGGCUAGAACACAACGGCGGGAGAUCCAGCAACAGGCACCCAGGCUACCCUUGGAAGUACAUGCGUAUUGUCGAAACGAAGGAGAUGCUUGCCAACCACCGGUCGGUGUGCGACACUCACCCAAACCUUUGCGACUCGUGCCACCUCUGGGAGUCGCCGGGGCUCCCGAUGACUACGUGCUGGAAGUGCCACACCUCCGUCCAUGCUUCCGAAGACUGCGCCAUGCGGGAGAACUCGAACGGCAUGGAGACAGCUGCGGAACUCGUCGCCCCCCCCCCCUCGGCGAAGAAGUCGCGUACGAGGCCAGGCCGUCGCAAGGAGCCCACGGCUGUGGAAGACAAGUCUACCGUGUGGAAUGGUGGCGGUAAUAUCAAGAGGGAGGACCCCAAUGCUGGAGCAUGGGUGUGCCAGAUCUGUGCGGGGUACCGGACCGUGCGUCAGCGGGUCUCCUUCAACAAAAAGAAGCCCCAGAACAAGUGAUGCCGCCUGUGGCAGGCGGGGGCGACAUUUGACACAAUUUGUUAGACGUUGGCUGCGGUGACGUGGCAUGUGGUCACUUGUUGUCCCUGGCACUGUUGUUGAUACAUGCCACUGCUGUUGAUAUAGCCGUACAUGUACGUACGUGAGCAUCGAACAAGUAGAUCCGUACCCUGACAGGCAGUGGGUCUACAUAACAAUACGUGUUGAAGAGGAGCACAUGUGUCGCCUUAAUUUGGAUUCGGAGUUGCGACGGAAAGUGAUACUGCUGUGGUUGACUGACCCUUGAGGUGAAAAUCUGUUUGUCCCGAACUUAGGUAGUUAUUCAAGACAUUGUUUCGAUGGUGUAGAACAAACAAAUGCUCCAAUACGGUUGAAGAUCAGAUUUUUCAGGAAACCUUGUGCGCGCUGGCUACGAAACGGUGACAGAGGUCU